CUUGGGCCCGGCGGAGCGGCCGCCGCUUGUGGCUGCUGCCCCGGGACGGGCCCCGGCGACCGGCAGCCCCGGCACCGCCCCAGCCCCUCCCGGGACGGGCCCCUACGGCUGCUCCUGCCCGGCCUCCCGGCGUGGGAAGAGCCCCAGGGCGGUGGGAUGCGCCUGGUGAGCCCGCGGCGUGGGGCGGGUCUGGCCCGCACCGCCCCCCCGCCCCUGCUCCUCGCGUGCUGCUGCGGGGGGGAGAUGGUGAGAGAGCUGGGAGAGCUCGGGAUACUGAUGCGACGACAAACCCCCCCCCAGCUGUUCCCGGAGGAGGUGGGGAUGGGUCUGUGAGAAACGUCUGUCGCGACAGCGAAGAGGCCCACACGGAUCCUGCAGCCGGGCACAGGUUAUUGACGCUCUUGCCAGAACGGGUGACCUAAACAAGCAGGCACACCCAUAGCCAGCCCCUUUCAGGAAGAGGCAAUGGUCCAAAACUCGUGUGUGUUUACUGGGAGAGGAAAUAACUUCUGCUGCUUUGCUAAUUCCUUGUAGACUGCAGCAGUGAGAGGUGAAUGAGUUUUGUCCCCUGGCACUGAUGCAGUGCUGGGCACUCUUUCCCUCACUUGCUUGGAAAUGCAGUGAUGAAAAUAUUUCUGGUGAACUUCUUGUCUGCUGCAUUUUUUAGAUUCGUUCUCAAGGUCUUUGAGAGGUUUUCAGACCUGCCAAGUCAGAAAGACACUGAUUACUGAUCAAGCAUCUUUGUGAAGACUUCUCAACGAUGACUGCAAGGUCUGCGUGGGGGUUUUUUGGUCUGUUUUUCCUGUGAUAAGUUGCCUUCAGCACAGGCAGAAACCAGCCACAAAGAUCUGAAAUAAGUGUCCCAGGCUGUCCAAGCGGUGAGGAAGACAGAUGAUGUGGAGGAAUGGCACCUGCUGUGUUGAAGUCCUGCACUGCAGAGGUGCUUGCACAAGUCUGAUAGGAGCAUCAGGCCCCUCCCAUAAGAGUGCUCCUUGUGCCAAACUCCUGAUCACUUUUGCCUUUUUUGAAACCCCACAGAUCUUACACAGUUGCCUCAUCUCUUGAACACCCACCAGCCCCGGCUCCAUACGGAGUGGUGUAUUUUACCACAGAACAAGGAGUUGCACUGAUCAGCUGCAGGUUUCCAAACACAAACCAUCCUGUGGUUCUAUGAACUUCUUUUUUGACACCUGUUGUCUGAGCUCAGCAGGCUUUGCAAAGGAAGCCAGGAGUGUCCAUGACUUGCCACUUGAUGAGAGAACCCAUUUUGUCUUUCAGAUCUUAAGCUGGAGAGAAAUCCUCACUGAAGCAGCUUUUCUCAUCAAGUGAGCCACGUAUAUAUAUAUUUUAGUAAGGACAUCAAGCCCAGCCUGUUCAAACAGACACUUCUUCGUGUGCCAGACCCUGCUGCAGUUCCUGAAACUGCCUGCAACGCCAGCACAGCUGCCCGAGAGGGAAGGAGGGAGGGAUUGCUGCCUGCCCAGCCUGAACCCAGCCGGCCCAGGAGCUUGCCCAGCCUGCCCUUGCCGCCUGCCCCAGGACUAGAGCCGUGCUUGCCGCAGCUGCUGCUGCCGGGAGGGGUCGCCCCAGUUCCCGGGAAUCCCCUCCCCCCGGAUCUCCUGCCGAGCCUGCAGCCGCAUCCCGGGAACCACGCGCUGCGGGAGGAGGGUAAACGUGCACACACACACUCAGCUCCUGCCCUCCCACUCCACUGAUUCUACCCCUCUCCCUCGGAGCCUGCAUUUAAUAAGACCAUAGCACCUUGGAAUCACCUUUCUGAUUUACACCCGGACAGCCUCUCCUGAACCUUGGCCCCUCAGUUGGUGCUGAGCCUUAAUAAAGCGAUUGAUUCCUCGACUCACCCUUGGUCUCAGUAACAAUUUGUGAGUGUGGUGAGGGGGUGUCCUGACCUACCCUCUAAGGUAGGGUCCCGCAGGGGCCGUUCCUGUGGGAGAGGCCACGUGUGACCCUCGGGCUCAUCCACAGAGCUCUCCACGCUGGGGGGGGAAGGGGCAGAAGCCCCUGACAGCCGGGAGCCCCGAUACCUGCCCGUGACAUCUGGUGUCAGGAGUGGGAUAAGUGAGGGUCUUUUGGAGUCCCCACACCACGCUCUCAAUUGCUAAAUUAAUAUUUGGGGGAAAAAAAAAUAAUAUUUAAAAAAAAAAAAAAUCCACCACAAUCAAAAUGAGCACCAAGAGGACUGAUGCUGAGGCUGCUGGUGCAGAAAAUACCGAGGUUCAGGAUGGGCCAUCUUCAUCAUCCUCUCUGUUCAAGGAGGAACUGCACAAAUACACCUUUGGGCAGCCCUUCUGGGACCACCUUAAAAAGCGUCAGCACCGUCCAACCUGUGCACAGUAUGUGUGGAUUCAAGGGGCCUACAUGAGGGAGGAGGAUUUUGGGGAUUCCUUGGACUCCUCAAGUUCCUCAGACUCGAAUAGCACAGACCAUGAGCCCCAGGAGUACCUUAAGACAACAGAAAAAUGCAAGCCCGUGAGUUCACCCCGGGUGCCCUUCCCUGAUGAGUUGGUUAAGAAACAUGUGUCUUUUAAAGACAAAACAGAAGAACUCAGUCCUGCCCUUUGGAAAUCAGUAGGGCAGCAGUUAAAGCAGCGGGGCCCCACGCAGCCGCUCCCCUCCCCAGCCCAGAGCAAGCAGGAGAGCUCAGCAGCUGAGAUAAAGGCACUGUGUGAGUUCUUCAUUAAAGAACUGAACCACCUGAAGAAGAAAAUCAACGAACUCUCUGUUAGGGGGAAAGGCAUUUCAAGCCAAUCCUCUUCUUGCUACAGUUCUGAGGAUGAGGAGGAGGGAGUGGAACAUCAUAAACACCAGCACCGGGGUGUGAGAACUUCCUUUUCUCACAAAGAAAGUACUGGUAGGAAAAGAGAUGUGGUAAUUAAAGAAGUAUCUUGCACGCCUCUAGAAUUGGUCAAGAUUAGAAAACUGUUCAGCAGGCUUCCCUCUGAGACGGAAACUGAAUAUGUGAUGAGAGUGUCCCUCACAGGAGGAGACCAUAUCAUGCUAAGUGAACAAAGAGCUAGAGGGUACUGGGGACCUGGGAUUAUUCUAACGACUGAAGAUGAGUCGCACCCCUGGACCCUAACCCAGCGAGCAGCUUUUUAUGUUGGUUCCAUUGAUCCCAUUGUCAGGGGAGAGCCGAGGGUCCUGGGAGGGGACCUCUCUAAUCUCCUGGCCAACGUCCACAAGGCUGCUGCAAUUCAAAUGAUUUAUGACCGUGAUUUAAUACCGGGUCAGGAUAGUCCUGUGACUCUUCGAGUGAAACCCGAAAGACUGAAUGUCCUCAUCAGGGGACUCCCUCUGUCACUUAGAGAUAUCGUCAUCCAAAUUAAAGAGAAACUCCAAAAUGGAGAUAUGCAAGGAUAUAGGUGGUCUGAUUUGGCCAGAGAAUUGCUAACUUAUAGAAGGGAUUAUUAUGCAUCUGAUUUGGAAUCUUCUCGCAAGCCUUCUCCAGUCAGACAAGUCACUCAACCUUCGUUGAGGAACCCCCCUCCUCCUCAGCAGCCAGAGAAAUCACGGGGUGACUGGGCAGUUGUGAGUAGAGGUAAACGAAACAGAAAACCAAGCAGCACACACAGAAACCAACACCCUGAAAAUCAAGGUGCUGCAUCAGAAGAUGACAUGGGGCCGUAUGCUAAGCUUAAGGAGGAAGCCAGGCGUGUGGGCAUCCCACCGAGGCUUUUGUCUCGGAAUUAUUCUUAUCAGCACCUGAAAGACCUAGUAGAAAGUUGGCCUAAAGAGCCCAGGUCAAGGUCUAAUUCCAGGGAAAGAUCCUGUAAGUCGGAUCUUCUGCCAAGCCCUCCUUCUGCCGAGAAAAAGAAGUCAAGAAGAAAGUCAAAAAGACAGCAGGGGGAGGAGGAAAGACCAAAUCCCGAUGCAGAAAACAAAAAUGGUCAGCAGGACAACGAUAAUGAAUCAGGCCCUGAAGUUUCCAGUCCUCCAAAAGAUUGGCAAAAUGUACUAAGAUUAGUUCGAAACAAAAACGGGGACUUGGAGCUCACCUGUGCUGUUGGGCCAAGACGUUACCCUGUGACAUUUGUGGUGGACACAGGAGCCCAGAUUUCCACGCUGAAAGCUGAGGUGGCUGAACGAUGUGGCGUCACCUUAUCUCUGAAACCAAUGUUUGUCAGCGGGGCAUUUGGUAACUCUGCUUUACAAAGAACAGCUCGAGUCACUUUAAACCUACCAGGAGAGGAAAAACCCAUUCAGACUGAAAUGAUUGUGGGUCACAUUCCUUUCAAUUUGUUAGGGAUGGAUGUUCUCAUGGGCCGAGCCUGGAGGGAUGAAGAAGGCCAGUGCUGGAGUUUUGGCACACCCACACCAAAGAUGAGAUUGUUAUAGUGUGCUCUGCACCUGCCACAAAGCAGGGUGACCAGUGUGAGACAAUAUUCCAUCCCAAUUGCUGCAAAGGAAGGCAUUAAAGAAGUAAUUUCUGAUUUAAAACAAAAGGGCAUGACUGUGCCACCAUUUAACACUCGAUCUGGCCCGUAAGAAAAACCAAAUGGUAAAUGGAGAAUAACAGUUGGUUACAGGAAAUUGAAUGUUAAUACAGACACACUCACAGCUGCUGUACCUAACAUUGCUGAUGUGGUGCUAGAAAUCCAGGAAGCAGCACACCCAGUGCUGGCCUCAUUGGAUGUAAAGGAUAUGUUUUUCCAAAUCCCUGUUGAUCCUGAGGACCAAAGAUAUUUUGCCUUCGCUUGGGAUGGGGUGCAGGACACUUCACAAGGUUGCCCCAGGGAUAUAAACACUCACCCACACUGGCCCAUCACACGCUUGCGUGUGAGCUGGAAAACAUUCCAGAAAUCAAAAAUAACCCCAAUGUUAAGGUCUGUCAGUACAUAGAGGAUAUUCUGAUAGGGGGCCAGAGUGGGAAGGAGGUAAAAGCAGUUUAUGAUGCUGUAAUCCCCACAUGUGUGUAGAGGUCUCUGAGGAAAAGUGGCAACCACCUUCCCAAGAGGCAAAAUUUCUGGGAAUAAAGUGGAAAGGGGGAACCUGGAAUAUUCCUUCUGAUGCUUUGUCCCACCUGAAGGAGAUAAAAGUGCCCUCCAAUAAACAAGAAUUGCAGGACGUCCUAGGAACCCAUCAGUACUGGAGGAAGCACAUCCCCGAUUUAUCAAUCAUAGCACGUCCUCUUUUUGAUUUAUUGGAAAAGAAUCAUCACUGGGAAUGGGAUAAAUCUCAGGACGAGGCCCUUGAGUUACUAUUAUUGGAGGCACAGACCUUCCAAACUCUGGGACCUCUCCACCCAGAAGAUCCAGUAAUAAUAGAAUGAGGGUUCUCAGCCAGUGCCUUAUCAUGUCACUUUUGGCAACGAGGGCCUAACGGGAGCACUCGACCAAUUGGCUUCUACUCAGUCAUGUAAGGAUUCAGAAAAGUGAUAUUCCAUUCUGGAGAAGGGAUUGUUAACAGUGUGUGCAGCACUGGAAGAAGUCAGCAAAAUCAUUAAAAAACAAAGGGUAAUUCUUCAAGGCCCUUUCAAAGUAGUUAACCAAGUGCUGUCUGGAAAGGCCCCUCCAGAAGGAAUAUCCCAAAAGGGUACAAUCAGAAAAUGGUGUAGUCAAAUUGAGUACUACUCUGGACUAUUCCAACUUGAAGAAGGCCCAGAUAAACAAAAAUUCAGGAAGAAAUUGGAUCUGCAGAUGAGAAGGAUUUAAUAAUGAAAACUCCCAGUCCUAUUAAAGAGGCCCUGGAAUACAAGAGUGAAAUGGUUAAUGCUUGGUUCACAGAUGCUUCAUCCUGAAGAGAAGGGAAAACCUGGUUGUUCAAAUCUGCUGCAAUUAAACCCUCCACAGGUGAACAAAUAAUAAAUCAUGAUAAGGGCAGUGCCCAAGUGGGGGAGCUGGAUGCUGUUGUUUAAUGUUUUUGUGAAAGAAAAAGCCUCCAAGGAGGCUGUGGACAUUGACACAGAAUCCUUUGCAAGCCUUCAAGGGCUGUGUGGAGGGGAUAACUUUCUGGCAACAGGAUAAUUGGGGAAUUAACGAGGUGCCAGUUUGGCAUAAGGAGAAAUGGCAGCAAAUACUGAAAAUUGCUAGAGAGAACCCUAAUUUUCAUGUAGGAUGGGUACCUUCACACCAAGCUGCUCUAAAGGAUGAAGCUAGUAAGUGGAAGAACUAUGUUGAUGAGCUAGCUAGGAUUGAUGUGAAGGAAAUCCGAUCAGCUAUCACAGAAGGAGAAAAUCAGGAAUGGAAAAGAUGGCUCGAAUGGCUUCACUGUAAAAGAGGCCAUUCAGGAAUCUUGGAUCUAUACAAAGAGGCACAAGCCCGGGGGGGGGCCUGUCACCCGCCAGCAGUGCAAAACAGUUCUUUCCUCAUCUGAUCUUUGCAAAAUUAGCCUUGGGGAACAUCCCCUAACAACUGACCCUCUGCAGAUCAGGGAAGGAAAACCCUUGUGGUCCACAUGGCAGGUGGAACACAUCGGUCCCUUCCGAAGAUCAGGAAACAAACAAUGUAUCCUUGUGAUUGUGGAGGUGAUGUCAGGAUUGACCUGUGCCAAAGCUGUUUCUAAAGCAAAUGGGGAAAAUGCAGUUAAUUUCCUGGAAAAGGUAUUUGGGGUUCUGCCUAGACCCACAAAUAUCCAGUCUGAUAAUGGAACUCACUUCACCUCACACCUUGUACAACAGUGGGCUAAGAGGGAAGGUGUCAAAUGAACAUCUCAUGUCCCAUACUACCCACAAGCUAAUGGGAUAGUAGAACAUGCUAAUGGGUUAAUUAAAAGUCUUGUCCACCCACAGGACUCAAAAUGGGAUGAAAGAUGAAGGUGUGCAGUCACUGCUAUAAACAACAGGUGGGGGGUGAAUGGGUCCCCUCGCCUCAAUGCCUUUUCCCUACAUCACCUACUCAAGAUAAUGGCCAGCACAGAAGACCUUACAGUAAAUCCAAAACUCCUCUCCACCCUGGACAGACUGUUCUGGCAAACCUGCCAAACAUUGGUAAGGUCAAGCUCACCUUACAAACACCAGUGAAUUCAAAUACAUGGGUUGCAUCUGAUUUAAAUGACAACUUAAAAUCAGUACAAAGUGGGUAAUUCAUGUUGAGUCAAUCGGUGUUUCAGUUUGGUCUGUAUGUUUGGAUCUCUGUGUAUUUAUGUAUAAUGAUGUUAAUCAAUAUAUUGCAAAGCAUGACAGCUUCAAGAGCCAGAGACAUCCCGGUGACAGGAUCAGGCCUGAUCAACCUGCUGCUGGACUCAGGAGGAGUUACUUUGUGACCGCUGUGGGACUGAUCACCCCGUGGCCUGAACAAGCUGCUCUAUGACAUUGUCUCCUUCUAUACUGGCCUUUGAGUUGUUGUUUGCAAUAUAUUGUAUUGAAUGGGAAUAAUUAAGGGCAUUGUUACAGAACUCACUGAAGUGACAAGAACUUGAUUCAAAUUUGGGGAUUUCCUAAGUGAUCUGCUUUCUUUUCUUUGUCUGACAGAAUUGAAAACUGAGUUUGUGUUAUAAUAACUGCAGUUAUUCUAUUCCUAAUCUUGUAUCCGUGUGUAGCCACUGUUUGUCCUUUUUGGGUGAACUGUGCUUGAGUGAGACAACCUCACCAAAGACUCCCACGAGAACAAGUACCUCAAGAUCCAAGGGUAAAUGAGAAUGCAGAUGCUCUCAUCCGGAUCUAAGAAUAGCAAUCGAGAAGUCUGAUGAUUGUUAGAAGUAGUGAGAGUUUAAUUUAGAUUCAAUUAUUUGUAAAUUUGGAUGUUUUCAAUGUUUUACUGAUGCUGCGUAUUAACUUAUUUGUUAAAAAAAUAAUACUGAUAUAUGGAAUUGUUAUUAUGUAUUAUGUUUGGGAAUUCUUCCCUUCUUUCUUCAUGUUUUGUCAUGUUUCUUCCAACUAACACCUGAGGAGGGGAAGGAUCUAAUGUGAGCAAAGGGUUUGGACAAGAGCCUGGUUGGCACAUACACUGAUGGACAGUGAGGACACCACGUUAUUGCUGCCUUAAAAGCCACGGGGUGAGAUGUGGGGAACGAUCCAUCUUCUCUCCCCCCACAUCAGACUAAACAAAAUGCCUCUCAAGCCAGCAAAGCCAGAGUGGCACCUUUUUGCUGAUUGAGCCCGGGAACCACGCGCUGCGGAAGGAGGGUAAACGUGCACACACACACUCACACACACACUCAGCUCCUACCCUUUCACUCCACUGAUUCUACCUCUCUCCCUCGGAGCGUGCAUUUAAUAAGACCAUAGCACCUUGGAAUCACCUUUCUGAUUUACACCCGGACAGCCUCUCCUGAACCUUGGCCCCUCAGUUGGUGCUGAGCCUUAAUAGAGCGAUUGAUUCCUCGACUCA